AUGUGGAGGCGCGCGUGUCAUUGGUUCGGAGCUGAAGAGUGGGCGGGAUGCUGCGUGGAGAGAGAGAGCACGGUAAACAUCCACGGAGCUGGUGCUAUAAAUGUGCUCAGCAUCUGCUCCUAUAUACCUCUGUUUGACACAGCUGUCCUCACGUGUGUGUGUUUUCUUCUAUCUGUAUGGUCAACUGUGCUGCAUCAUGUCGAUUUAAAAAAUGAAUUACUAAAAUAAGAUAUUAGGGGGAAUAAAAAACACUUGUUAUAAUAAGAGGAAAAACAACAUAUAAGGGGAUUAUGACAACAAAACAAGAACAUGAUAAAUCACAUUAUACACUCUGUUCAGCAGGGGCGUGUUCAGACUUUUUGAUAAGGGUGUCCAAGCCCAAGCUCUGACCAGUUUGGGGUGGCCAUGACCAUCUGACAUUUGUUUGUAAUACUUUUAUUUGGAUGUUUUUGAUUGUCUUGGAUUCUGGUUUACUUCCUCAAACUAUGCUUUUAUUAUGAAAUUAAUGCCACUUCUGGUUUGGGUUGUAAGUAGAGAAAGAAUGAUUGACUGGUUGGCAGAUUGAUUGGCUGAUAAAUAUCUUUUUUCAUUUUCCUGUCCCAAAUAACAUCACAUGAAUUGUAAAAGAGUCACUGUCUGGUUUUAUAAAAAUGUUAUUGAUAUAUACAGAGUAAUGUAGUUUAACAAUAAUGCUAAAAAAACUAAAAGUAAAUAAUGACAAUAAAACUAACGGUAAAUUGUGCUGCAUCAUAUCCAUUUAAAAAAAUAAUGAAUUACUAAAAUAUUAUAUCAGGGGAAAAAGACACUUGUUAAAAUAAGAAGAAAAACUGCAUGUAAGGGGAUUUUGACAACAAAACAUUAACAUGGUAAAUAACAUUAUGCACUCUGUUCAGCAGGGGUGUAUUCUGAUUUUUUAAAAGGGUGUCCAAGCCCAAACUCUAACCAGUGGUAUAGCUUUGGGGUGUCCAUGACCAUCUGACAUCUUUUUUUCUGUAAAUUGAUGAAAUAAACAGUAAGUUUAAGUGUAAAAGUGAAGUGCUUGACAAAUAUGCCAAAAAAAAAAAAUGCAAUAUAUAUAUAUAUAUAUAUAUAUAUAUAUAUAUAUAUAUAUAUAUCAACUGUACGAGCCAUUUUAUAUAUAAUAUUAAUGGGGUUUUGUGCUAGAAGUGCGUCCAGAUAGUGACAAAAAUUCAGGUCAGCAUAGUCACAACAUUUAACAUGAUUAUAAACAAAAAUGAACAUGAUAACAACAACAAACUACACACACAGGGAGAUUAGAGCGUGGAAACCAAGAAGUUAAAAAUGUUAAACAAAAAAUUUACUGUAUCUGUAUUAAAAAUUAAAAUAGAUGUAAUCCAUGGAGUGUCCAAGUUUGGCCACUCCAGUCGUAACAGUAUGGCUCCACCAUGAGUUAUAACUUUUUUUUUAACAUAUCCUUUUAACAAUCCAAAAUCAUAAUGUGUGUUAGAAUAACGUCAACAAAUUUAAUUGAAUUUAAUCCCAGUUUAAAAUUGAAGCUACAAUUUUUACUUUCUAAUUUUCUCAUUCACAAAGUUUUGAAAAAAAAUUAUAAAAAAUGUAUUUUUGACACUUAUUAAUUGUGCAAGAGUUUGCUUGAACCUAAUGAAGAACUCUAUCAUCAUCAGGUGUACCUGUCCUGUGAAAUAGAUGGACGAAGUUUGUUUUUGUUUUUUUACAGGUUAUUACCUCCGCCAAGGAGGUUUUGUUUCGGUAGCGUUGGUUUGUUUGUUUGUUUGUUUGUUUGUUUGUUUGUUUGUUUGUUUGUUUGUUUGUCUGUUAGCAACUUUACGGAGAAGGUUACCGACGGAUUGACCUGAAAUUUUCACCAGAGGUGCGUCUCAGCCCCAGGAGGAUCCCAUUUCAUUCUGGUGGUGAUCCGGAUCGCCUUCUGGAUCCAGGAAUUUUUUGAAGGGUUCUUUAUCAUUGUGAGAUAGGGCAAAUUUGGGAAUUUUUGCAUUUAACUCUAUAAAAAUGGUCAGAGUCUUUAGUAAAAAAAUUACACAAAAAGAUCUAUAUAUAGUGUAUUUUUACUAGCCUAUAUUUAAAAAGAAAAUCUACUGACCUCGUCGAGACUUUGGGAAUAGCUAGCUUAAAAGUGAUGCAUUGACAUUGUAUGAUGAGCCCAAAGUCCUGCUGUGGUUCUGUCCUGCAUGUUUAAGAGCGGAAAAGCUCAUGUUAUUGUGAGAAAUCUCUGCGUUUAGUUUUCGUCAAAGAUGUUUUUGUCUUUUGGGCUUUUUAAAGACGUCAGCCUGAAACUUAUUUGACGGUUUUUUUUACAUUAACCAAUGCUAUCAGGUGAAAACAGACAUUGAACACAAGACAUUUUCACUCUAAUUACAGCGAAAGAGGCGGAUUAAAGCAGUGAAAUGAAGUGUUAAAAUAAGGGACACCAUAAGUUUCAAGAUUUGUCAGUCAUCAUAAAAUCAAACAAAAUUAACUAAAAAUAUAUAUCAAAGUUAAACCUAUUUUUAUUAAAGUGCUUCAAUAGGCCUAAGUUACCAAAAAUCCUAUGAAUUACAUUUAAACCUGUUUAAAAAGUUACAAAAAUAGACAAUAUUAAGUUAAAAGAAAUGUAUUAUGUACAGGCUUUAAAAUUAAGUUUGAUAAAGUUCCACAUAAAUAUGUUUUUAUGUUUUCAUGAAUCAAGUGUGUGUUUUCUACCACAAUAUUUAAAACUUCAUUAUGUUUUUAACAGGGAAAAACCCACCUUAAGUGUAAUGGAAACACUGUCCUUUUGUAGAAAUCCGUUUUUAUCAAACUGAAAACUGAGGAUUUUCUUAUUAUUGAAUCCUGAAAUUAUGCAGUCUUUCCCCCAUGAAAUAAAAUGACUGAAAUAGACAUACCAAAAAUAUCAAUUCUUAACGGGGGUGUUGCAUUGAUGUUAAUUGUUUCUAUUGCACAUUAACCUGCUGAUUAGAGACUAAAUACAAAUUCAAAUGUAUUGACUUUCUCCUCUUGAUGAUACUGGUGUUACAGAUGAUUCCUUCAUGACCUUGACCACACAGUCAAAUAUUACAGCUUGUUUAAUUUAAAUGUCUGCGUUGUUUUUGUCUUCAGACCCACUGCCGACGCAGCAGAUGGACCUCGGUCCUUAAGGACAGCUCUAAAUGGCCCAGUCCCAGGCUGCUGCUCAGGAGGGUUGGGGCAACCCCCACGCCCCCUUCCAGACCUCGUGGUGUAAGUAGAAAAUUACACUGACAACAUAAAGAGGCCGUUAGCAUGCCUUCAAGGCAACAAACAAAACUUUUAUAGUCUGAAUAAUUUUGAUCAUAGAAAUGUGUUUAUGAAUUUGUCUUUUAUUUUAAUUUUCUUGAACUGAAUUGUAUUCAUGAAUUGUAGUGUUAAAAUAAGGGACACCUUCAUAAGUUUAAAGCUUUGUCAGUCAUCAUAAAAUUAAACAAAAUGAACUAAAAAGACAUCAUAGUUAGACCUGUUUUUAUUUUAAAGUGCUCCAAUAGGCCUAAGUUACCAAAAAAUCCUAUGAAUUACAUUUAAACCUGUUUAAAAAGUUACAAAAAAAGACAAUAUUAAGUUAAAAGAAAUGUAUUAUGUACAGGCUUUAAAAUUAAGAGUUUGAUAAAGUUCCACAUAAAUAUGUUUUUAUGUUUUCAUGAAUCAAGUGUGUGUUUUCUACCACAAUAUUAAAAACUUCAUUAUGUUUUUAACAGGGAAAAACCCACCUUAAGUGUAAUGGAAACACUGUCCUUUUGUAGAAAUCAGUUUUUAUCAAACUGAAAACUGAGGAUUUUCUUAUUAUUGAAUCCUGAAAUUAUGCAGUCUUUUCCCCCAUAAAAUAAAAUGACUGAAAUAGACAUACCAAAAAUAUCAAUUCUUAACGGGGGUGUUGCAUUGAUGUUAAUUGUUUCUAUUGCACAUUAACCUGCUGAUUAGAGACUAAAUACAAAUUCAAAUGUAUUGACUUUCUCCUCUUGAUGAUACUGGUGUUACAGAUGAUUCCUUCAUGUUACAGCUUGUUCAAUUUAAAUGUCUGCGUUGUUUCUGUCUUCAGACCCGCUGUCGCCGCACAUGGACCUCGGUCCUUAAGGACAGCUCUAAAUGGUCCUGUCCCAGGCUGGUGCUCAGGAGGGUCAUGGUAGCACCCAUGCCCCUUUCCAAGCCUUGUGGUGUAAGUAGGAAAUUACACUGACAACAUAGAGAGGCCGUUAGCAUGCCUUCAAGACAACAUACAAAACUUUUAUAGUCUGAAUAAUUUUGAUCAUAGAAAUGUGUUUAUGAAUUUGUCUUUUAUUUUAAUUUUCUUGAACUGACUUGUAUUCAUGAAUUUAUUUCAAAGAUGUGAAAACCAGAAAACCAGUUCUGCAGAGUUCAGAUUUUUGAAUUUGUCGAUUUUUCGGUCUCAGGUCCGAGAGAUGCAGCACAGCCUCGUCGGGUCCAGUCCAAGGCUGUUGCUGAGGAUGGACGGCCCUCCAGGUGUCUCCUCCCCCGAGCACAACCAGGUCCCUUACUCUCUUCCUUUCUCUCCCUCUCUCUUUUCUCCUCUCCCUCCUCUUCUCUCUCCUAUUGCCUCUCCCCCCUUCUUUCCAUCUCUCUCUUUUUCUAGCUCUUCUUCUUCUUCUCCUCCUGUCUCUCCUCCUGUCCCUCCUCCUGUCUCUUCCUCUGGUAGUUGCUCUUUUCGUUCUCGUGGCUCCCAUACUCGUCGCCCCUCUCUGUGCUCCUCUCCAUCCAGGUCACAGAGGAGCCCUGCGGGACCUUCCCACAGCUCCCCCCCCUGCCUGCCCUCGCUGUUGACAGAGGAGGACCAGUGGCCAGGUCUGCAGCCCGAGGACCCGGAGGAGCUCUCCAGGAGGAAGGAGCGGUGGACGGCCCCACUGAGAACCCCUACACCCCCUCCAUCCACCAUCCCUCCAUCCAACCGGCUCAUCUCCACUGCUCCUGACACCAAGUGGAAGAGGAAACUGAAAGCGCUCCUCAAACUCAGGUGCAGGGGGUCCAAGGUGACUCCCAAGAGGACUGCUGGACGGAUGGGAAACAACCGUCCAAGAAAGGGUCCUUUAGGGCGUCACGCUGGGCCGUAGUUUAAUUAAGCUAUUUAGAUAAUUAAGAUAACUUUAGUUGUUUGUUAAAUUAUAUAAGUUAAGGUAGAAUAAGUUUCUUAGUUAUGAUAUGUUAAGUUAUAGUAAAUUAAGUUGUUUAGUUUUGAUAAGUUAGAAUAAGUUAAGUUUUAGUUUAGAUAAGUUAGAAUAAGUUAAGUUUUAGUUAAGAUAAGUUAGAAUAAGUUUGGCUGUUUAGUUAAGAAAAGUUAUGAAUACACAGACUGUUCACUGACUCUGCUAACCACCUGCUCUUCUCCAGCUCCGACCUCUCCCCUAAAUAUGGCUGAAGCAGAAACUUUAGAAAUUGCGUUGUUUUGUAAUGUGGCAUUAGUUAGCCUCCAGCUCGUCUGCAGCUCCUCUUCUCCUCCCCUAAAAAAACACGAAUCGCUCGCUCCUCUCGUGCUCGCGCUCGCUCCUCUCCCGCUCGCUCUCCUCACAUGCUCGCUCCUCUCCCGCUCCUCCACUCGCACUGGCUCCGGAACAAAUAAACCUGAAUCAAUUAAAAGCAGAAAAAAGAACUUCACCUUGGACUCAUUAUGCAUUACCCUAAAAGUCCCUGGUUGUGUUGUGUGGUUAUUUAUUUUGAUGUUAUGUGUUGGGAUGUUUUGUGUAGUUGCACGAUUUUAGUAUAAUGUCUUGUAAUGUGUUGUUUUGUUCCAUGAGUUGUGUUUUCAUGCAUGUGUUUGUGUUGUGAUGUCUUGUUUUUUUCAUGAAUUGUGAUUCCUUCAAAGUUAGAGCGUGUCUUUUACUUGAUUUUUUCACUUAGUGGAUAAGUCAGUCUAAAAGGUGAGUUUGGUUCCUCCAGAGUGAUUUUUCAAGGUUAGUGUAGGACUCUUUUUCAUUUUGGUUUUCUUUAGGGAAAGGACCUCAAUUAAGAAGAAACCCCCAGAGGAGCCAAGCAGGAGACUGAAGACGCAGGAGGACUGA